AUGGUUAUAGAUCCUGCCGCCAUGAGGAUAACAAAAGAGGAACUUGCAAUAAUAAUGGAAAGGAUAACAACUCAAUCUGUUUGGUUUAAUAUGGUUUUUAAGAAAUCUUCAUCAAAAUCCAAUAAUAAUGGUAGUAAAAAAAAUUGGAUAAUUUUUCUAGUAGAAUUUUGUCAAACAUUGUCAGAAGCAGAAGUUGUUGGAUUAGCUCAAUCAUCCAUUUCAAAUAUUUUGGCUAUUCCUUAUCCAGAUUAUUCUCAUUAUGAAAAAAUCAAAUAA